AUGCAAGCUAAGAAGGCCGGCAAGGGCUCUCGAGUCAAGAUCACCAAACACGAUAUCCAGUACCCCAUGGAGGCAAAUGGAGGCAGUAUGCAAGCUGGAAGUAUCUGGAGUAAGGUGUGGAACGGCAUCAAGAGUGCCUGGAGGCCUGUAAUCAAGCCUGCGCUGUCGGCUGCCGCGGAUGGACUCGCCAGCAUGGGAUCGGCGUAUGUAGCGAGCCAAGGCAAAGACCCUGCUCUCGUAGGUGUUGCCCGAGGCGCUCUGAAGCGAUUUACGGGUAUCGGCGUUGCUGAGGCUAAGCCCUCUCGCCGUAGCCAUCCAGCGAAGGGAUCCCCCGAGAUGAAGGCGAAGGUGGCUCGCCUUCGCGCUAUGCGCAAGGGUGGUAGCUCUAAGCGAGCUGGAAGCUUCCGUUUGUCAUAG